AUGGAGGUUACCAAAAUGGUCCACGGCAACUGCUCGUCUCCCGCUAACGCCACGGGUGAGACCAUCGUGGGCAACUCCACCGCCACCACUUUGGGCGCCCUGAUUCUCACCGUGGUCUUCCUCCUGGGCUUCCCUGGCAACGUGUUUGUCAUCUGGAGCAUCCUGGCACGAGCCCGAAAGCAGUCCGUCACCACCCUGCUCAUCCUCAACCUGGCCAUCGCCGACGGCUCCUUGAUGGCCCUCACUCCGUUCUUCAUCGCCUACCUGGUGUCCAUGAAGUGGAUGAUCGGGAACGUGAUGUGCAAGAUCCUCUUCUACCUCUGCCUGGUCAACAUGUACGCCUCCAUCCAGCUCAUCAUGCUGAUGAGCAUCUACCGGCUGGUGUCGGUGCUGUGGCCGCAGCGCAUCAGCACCAUCACCGGCCACCGGACCAUCAUGCGGGUGCUGGCGGUGGUGUGGGUGCUGGUGAUGGUCGCCUCCGUGCCGGCGCUCAUCUUCCGAGAAGUGAGGUGCAAGGGCUCCUCGGCCAUGGUGUGCGACUCGUACCACGAUCAUGACAGCGAAGUGGUUCUGCAGUACACUAUGGAGCUUGUACUGGGAUUUCUAAUCCCCUACGCAAUCAUCUUAGUCAGCUACAUUUGCAUAUUGCGGCGGAUCCGACAGACCAAGUUCAGGCGCCGCAUCCGUAGUGAGAAGCUCAUCCUGGCUAUCGUGUUGACCUUCUGCCUCUUUUGGCUGCCCUACCACGUCAUCAACAUGGUGCAGGUUACAUGGGCUUUGUGUCCCAGCGGCCCCAUGAAAAACACACUGCAUAUAAUAUGGCAACGAAGUCGGGCUGUCACCUCCGCCGUGGCCUUCAUCAGCAGCUGUGCCAACCCGGUGCUCUACUUCUUCGCAGGGAAGUCCUACAUCAGACGAGAAGGGCUCGCAUUCAUGGCUCGCCUGUUUGAGGGCACGGGGCUGGACUCCUCCAGAAAGAGCAGACAGAACAGCCAGAACAGUCGAGACAAGGACAAAGACGCAGACGUCGUCAUGAUAAAAGAUAAAGAUCAAGACGAUGUCACGAACUCCAGGUUUACUGUCACAACCACAAGAAAGGAGCUUCAUCAGGUAAAAGCUAGUGUCCUCCGAGAAUCUCACACAAUGGAGCCCAACAUCAGCACCGGCAACUCCCCCGCCUUCUCCCCGCCCUUCAUUCUGCCCCUCAACCUCUCCAUGAAGGUUGGCGUCUGCAUUCUGAGCCUGGCGUUUUUGCUGGGCUUCCCCGGGAACCUGUUUGUGGUGUGGUCGGUGCUGUGCCGAGUGAGGAAUCGCUCCGUCACCUGCCUGCUGGUGCUGAACCUGGCGGCCGCCGACGCCUUCGUGCUGCUCAGCGCCCCCUUUUUCCUGCGCUACCUCGCCGGGGGGCGAGGCUGGGAGUUUGGCUCAGCGGCGUGCAAACUGGUGCACUACCUGUCCAGCGUGAACAUGUACGUGUCCAUCUACAUCAUCUGCCUGAUGAGCAUGGACCGCUGGCUGGCCGUCACCAGGCCCUUCCUGUCUCAGAGGAUGAGAACAAAGCGCUCCCUGCUGUUUCUCCUGCUGGGGGUCUGGGUGCUGGCCUUCAUCCUGUCUCUGCCCAUGCUCUUCUAUCGCAGUAACAUAAAGUUCCGACCCAACAUCACUUUGACCUUAUGUAGACCAUUCCACUUCAACAGCAUGGGCCACAAAGUCUUCCAAUACCUGUUUGAGACCGUCAUGGGCUGCCUGGUGCCGUUCUCCCUCGUCAGCUCCUGUUACACCUCAGUCAUAUGUCGACUCCAGAGUGCCAAGUUCCAGCGCAGGGGGCAAAGUAGCCGCCUGAUCCUGAUGAUCAUCUGUGCUUUUGCAGUAUUCUGGCUGCCUUAUCACAUUGUCAAUAUCAUUGAGGUGGCCGGUCUCUUACAGAGCAGUGACCCGGUGAUCGGGGCUGCCCGAACUGCCCGGCCCAACGUCACUGCGUUCGCCUACUUCAGCAGCGCCGUCAACCCGAUCCUCUACGUGUUCGCCGGCAGCUCCCACAUCCGCCAGGCCGGACUCAGCUUCAUGGGCAAGCUCUUCGAGGCCACCAACUCUGAGAGCAGGUCCACGUCCACCUUCACCCGCGGUAGCUCCUCAAAGGACGAGAGGACCACCCUGCAGACACUGUCGGUUAAAUUUGGGAAGCCCUUUGCAGGAAAGAGCAAGGACAGGAGUGAAGCGGUCAAAGAACCUGAACUCAAGAUGCUGGAAACUGUUGAAUAGCCGGGGAAAGCUGAUUUACAUGGACCAUGUUUCAAAAUCUAUGGACCCUGAUAAAGACUUAUUAAUUAUUAUUAUUUCUGAGACCAUACUUUCAUUGCGCUUUGUUGUAUUGGUUUAAAACUGAACAGGAAACAGCACUGAAAAAUGUAAACAGCUAAGCGGGGUGUGAUGGGUGUGAUACCGUUGAUGCUAUAUUAUAUGCUAUAUUAUAUAUAAAUGAAAAUAGAUAUAGAUGUGCUUUUUAUGUGUUGAAAUGUAAUAAAUUAUUCAAUAUAGUAAGCACACAUUUUAACAGAGAAGCAGUUUGCAAAAUAAAUCAAGUUUUUAGUUAAAA